AUGGCUAGCCUUACGCUUGGCGAGGUGGUGCCGAAUCUUGAGUUCGACUCCACUGGGGGACGCAUGAAGCUGCACGAUUUCGUGGGCGACAGCUGGGCUGUGGUGUUCUCGCAUCCGGGCGACUUCACUCCCGUCUGCACCACGGAGCUGGGCAAGAUCGCCCUUCGGAGCGGGGAGUUCGAGCAGCGUGGAGUGAAGCUCAUUGGGCUGUCAUGCGACAGCGUGGAAGACCAUGUGGCGUGGAUCAAGGACAUUGAGGCAUACACCCCGGGAGCCAAGGUCACGUAUCCAAUCAUUGCCGACCCAUCGCGUGAUCUGGCCCAGAAGCUUAACAUGCUCGACCCCGACCUGAAAGAUAGUAAUGGUCGGCCGCUCACCUCGCGUGCACUGCACAUCAUCGGCCCGGACAAGAAGCUGAAGCUGAGUUUCCUCUAUCCUGGUUCUGUUGGCCGUAACUUUGACGAGGUGCUGCGAGCAAUAGACGCUCUCCAGCUUGCUGCAGACCGCCAGAUAGCCACGCCCUCAGACUGGAAGAAGGGUGACAGGGUUGUGGUUCCUCCCUCGCUUUCUGAGGACGAGGCAUCCAAAAAGUUUCCAGGGCAUGAGACUGUUGAACUGCCCUCUGGCAAGAAGUACCUCCGUUUUACCGACCUGAAUCUCUCUUCCUUCCCAACGUUCUCCCCGCUCUCAACGGCACCCUCGUCCGGGCGCACUCUCCGCGCCUCGCGGGUCCGCCGUGACGCGCCUACCGCCCCUGCUCGCGGCCCUCUCCACAGCGACGCCGUCUACCUCGCACCAACCAGGGCGGGCGGUGCGCGCGACCGCAUCAGUGAGGCUGGGCGGCACCAAUUUGAGGCGCCGGAGUGUGCGGGCAGCGGGGGCGAGGGCGAGUCGGACAUGUGGAUGGUGGGCGCGCUCGUCUUCUUCCUGCUCUCGGGGAGGCCGCCCUUCGCCGUCUCGUCGGAGGCUGGUGUUGCCACCGCACAUGGCGAUGCAGCGGACAGUGCGGACGUGUGCUCGCCUCCAUGGCCCCCCAUGUCCGCCGCUGCCCGCCACUUCCUCUCGCGCCUGCUCUGCCGCCUCCCCGCCCAGCGAGCCACUCCCAACGAAGCCCUCGGCAACGCGUGGGUGGAGAGCAUGUGUGCGCAAGCACUAAACGAGGACCACCCCGUGGCGCCACGCCCACAGCAAGCGCUGCCUGUGGGGGAGACUCGCGGAGGUGCUUCGGCAGGGCGUGCACGUGGGGGUCGGCGGGCACGGGUGUGCUUCAGGGAGGUGGAGGAGACGGAAAGAGGGGAUGAGGAGGAAGAGGAGGAGCGGAGGGGAGGUGCUUCCAAGGCAGCGUAUGUGGAGGGAUGGUUGGCUGCUAGUGGGGUCAGGGGCGGGGACGAUGUGGAGGGGGGCGAGGGGGGCCCGAGGGGUGGGAGCGAUGGGGGCGCGCAUGAUGGCGAGCACGACCGCAGGGAUGGGGGCGGCGAAGCACAUGCAGCACAGGGCUUUGGCUCACCUACUGCUCACUCAGAGGAGCGCAGGUGGCAGGGUGGGGGAGGGGGUGGUGGCACGGACACUACACAAGUAGGCGGCGAUGCAGGGCGGGGAAGGGGCGGAGUGGGAGGGGGUGGAGCGGUGCGUGCAGCGGCGGGGGUGUCGUUUGUGCUGGACGAGUGUGACUUCUCCGCCAUGCUGGACCGCGACCACGUCUCUGCUGUCGGCAACUUUGCCACCCUCCCUGCCCGCCUAUCUAGGCGCGCUGAUGCCACCAAUAUAGCAUCUGCCUCCUCCCCUCCGCUCCCCGGUCGCUCCAUGCCCCCCCUGCCAUCCCUGUCCUCGGAUUCUCGUGCGCGCUCCAGUGCUCUCCCCCCGCGCCAUUCGCCGGACUGCACGGGGGCAGGGGGCAGGAGGCAGCUGCUGCCGGCAGGCAGUCGCUCCAUGCCGCAUGACUCGGCGGGGCGCGCAACAGGCAGCAGUGGGCGUGCGGGCAGCCCGGAGGUGUCGUCGGACUAUGCAGCAGCGCUGGCCACGGCGUCACACAGGGUGGAGCGCCAGCUGCUCAGCACGCUGCGCGCGCCGCGAGGCAGCAGGAGCAUGGUGCUCACCAGCACGGCGCCGCCUGCAGCUGCGAGUGCGAUGGAGGGCAGCGGCGGGUGGCAGAGUGUGGACUUCUCAGAGCUGGUGGAGCCGGGGCCAGGCGGGGCGCGCAGCAGUGGGGGCGCGGGCGAGGCGGUGGACGUGGCGCAGUUGGUGCCGCUGGUGCAGGUGGGCGACCACACCGUGGACAACCUGCUCUGCGACUUUGAUCACCUCAACGCCACCCCGCCCCGCCCCCACCCGGGCAGUGACGCUGAGCCGUGGCCCGACGGUGGCAGCAGCAGUGGGCGGCAGUGGAGUGCACCCAGCAGUGACAGCGGUGACUUGGACCUGUCUGCCAUGGACCUCAAUGGGCCCACAGACGUGGGGGGCGCAGGGGGCGCCGGUGGGGAGGGACCGCUGGGUGCAGAGCAGAGCAUGAUUGUGGACGCACUGGGGCGGCGGCUGCUCAAGUCACCCAUGGCCAGCCCCCACCCGCGCAGGAAACACGGGCGCUCCUCCCAUGUCUUCUGCUGA